AAUCCAUUUCAUUGCUUUUCGUAUUGCACAGCUGCUGCUAUGAAUGUUGUAUAAUUCAAUUCACUGAUUUAUUAUUAUUUCAUUUCCGAGCAGCAUGCGUUUUGUAUCGCGUGGAAUAAAAUUCGGGAAUUAAGUGAAUAUGAAUGAGUAGUCCCAAUCAUGUGGGUGCGUUUGGUGAUUUGUUUGGGUGUCUUUUGCAAAGUAACUAACAGUGAUAUAUUUCCAUCUUUAUUGACGACAAAUGCAUCUAUUGCUAUAGUUAUUGACAGGAAUUAUGUCGUGGAAGAGUAUGAACCUAUAAAGUCUAAAAUCGAAGAUUAUCUAGUUUAUGCCAAACGGGAGAUUCUCAAACACGGCGGUGUCAACACUCAUCUUUUUGCUUGGUCCGCAAUUAAUUUGAAAAGAGAUUUGACUUUUCUGCUCAGUAUAACUUCUUGUACUGAAACGUGGAAACUAUUCGAAUCUGCUGAUACGGAAUCUUUAUUGCACAUUGCCAUAUCAGAGCAAGACUGUCCCAGGCUUCCACAACACUCAGCAAUUACGAUUCCAAUUAUUGACCGAGGCCAAGACACGCCCCAAUUGCUACUGGAUUUACGAACUGUGGGCAUUUAUAAAUGGAAACAAGUGGUUAUAAUCUAUGAUAACACUAUCACCAAUGAUUUGUUGACAAGGGUAAUUAAAUCGAUGACAAAGCAAGUUAAUCGCAUUGAUGCUUCAGGAGUUUCAUUAGUGCAACUUGCUAAGAAAGUUUCAACAACCAGAGAUGUUAUUAUCGCAAAUUUGAGAACUGAAUUAUCCAAAAUUGAUCCAAGAAUUAUGGGUAACAACUUUUUAGUGAUCGUCAGCUAUGAACUGGCUGCAACCAUAAUGGAAUGUGCAAAAGAAUUAAAUAUGGUAAAUACCCAAACGCAAUGGCUGUAUGUAAUAUCUGAUACGAAUAGCUCCACCAAGAGUAUGAACCGGUUCAAAACCUUCUUGAAUGAAGGAGAUAACAUUGCCUUCAUAUAUAACACUACGGAUGUUAAAAAUGUAUGUCUCGGUGGCACUAUUUGUCAUACUGAAGAAAGUAUAACUGGUUUAAUGAAGGCUUUAGAUAGUGCCAUUAUGGAAGAAUUUCAAAUGGCUUCUCAAAUUUCCGAAGAAGAAUGGGAGGCUAUUCGACCUACUAAAAACGAGCGUAGGAAAUACUUGCUUGAAAAAAUUCAGAAAUACCUGUCUGAUUAUGGAACGUGUGACAAUUGUACAAAAUGGACAAUUGAAGCAGGAGAAACUUGGGGUAGAGAAUACCAGAUGCUAGAUGAGGCAACUAAUGCUGAGCUAUUAGCUGUCGGAACUUGGAGGCCCAGCGAUGGCCCCAAUAUGAUCGAUGCCCUGUUUCCACAUGUUGCCCAUGGAUUUAGGAGAAAACUGUUGCCUUUGGUAACUUUUCAUAAUCCACCAUGGCAAAUCUUGAAAACAAAUUCUACUGGUGAUGUCGUUGAAUAUGGGGGAAUAGUAUUUAACAUCAUUAAAGAACUGUCAAAAAAUCUCAACUUUACAUUCAACGUUGCCACUGUCAAGCCUCAGUCACUGCUUAAUGCGUCCACAUUGCAGAGCCCUAAGGGGGAUACUGAUUCUUCAGCAAAUUUUAACGGCAACUCCUACAUAACAACAUACCGGGUGCCACAUUCCAUUUUGGAAAUGGUCCACAAUAAAUCUGCCGCCUUGGGAGCCUGUGCAUUUACGGUGACAGAAGAAAACCAAAGAGUAAUCAAUUUCACCGAUCCCAUUAGUAUUCAAGCCUACACAUUUCUAGCUGCAAGACCGCGCGAACUAAGCCGGGCAUUACUAUUUAUUUCACCAUUCAGGGGAGAUACAUGGCUUUGCCUUUCGGCCACCAUAAUUUCCAUGGGUCCAGUCCUUUUUUACAUUCACAAAUUAAGCCCCGUGUACGAAUAUAAAGGGGUCCGAUGCAAAGGUGGACUAGCGACGAUCCAGAAUUGUAUUUGGUACAUGUACGGAGCUUUACUUCAACAAGGUGGCAUGCAUUUGCCAUAUGCCGACAGUGCCCGAAUUAUUGUAGGAUCUUGGUGGCUGGUUGUUCUUGUAAUUGGGACUACCUACUGUGGGAAUCUCGUAGCCUAUCUAACAUUUCCAAAAAUCGAAGUUCCAAUGACAACUAUUGACGACGUUUUAGCGCAUAAAGAAAUGGUCUCGUGGAGUUAUGCCAAAAAUACACUCUUCGAAGCUCGCCUGCACAAUUCAGUUGACAAAAGCUUCAAUAUAAUUUUUAAAGAUGCCAAAAACAUAUGGGACAGAAAAGCUAUGAUGGGAGAAAUUAAAUCUGGGAAACAUGUAUACAUCGAUUGGAAAAUUAAGCUUCAAUAUAUGAUCAAAGAACAUUUUAUAGAUAGCGGCGAAUGCAGCUUUGCCUUGGGAGUUGAAGAAUUUUGCGAAGAACAAAUUGCCCUUAUUGUUGCUCCCGAUACCCCUUAUCUUCAUAAGAUCAACGAAGAGAUCAAAAAAUUACAUCAAGUGGGAUUAAUCCAAAAAUGGCUAUCCGAUUAUUUGCCCAAAAAAGAUAAAUGUUGGAAAAAGAAACGCACCAUUGAAGUCAACAACCACACAGUCAAUCUUGAUGAUAUGCAGGGAAGCUUUUUUGUAUUAUUCAUAGGAUUUCUCAUAGCCGUAAUAGUCAUAAGCUUGGAGAUGCUUUGGUCAAGGAAAGUAACCAAUAAUAGAAAGAGGAAGGUCGUUCAUCAAUUCGUAACUUAACAUCUGUUUAGACAUAAUGGACUCGAGGACUCAUCAUUAGUGCAUAUUUACAAACGUAAAAUUAGUUAUCACGACAUGAUUUAAUAGUCAUUCAUAAUCAAAUAGCAAAUUAUGGAAGUAGUGAAUUAUGAGUGUCUAACCUGGAAGUUAUUAUAGAAGGUGAUUCAAAAUUGACGUCCUUGGGUUAUAGGAGCUUACUCGGAAAGUACGAGAAAAAUAUUGAAAACAAAAAUUCCGAAAAUGUCUUCAAAAUAUUAUUAGCUUUAGUAGAAUUCUCUCAGUAAGAAUUAAUUUUGAAAUAGUUUGAAUUUUGACUAGUCGCUUUGUAAGACGACAAAUUUAACAGAAUCAUAGAAAAAAAAACAACCUUAAGGAUUCUGAUUUAGAUCAGCAUAUUUUUUAAUAUAUCCAGGAAAAACUAACCGGCCGCGCGUAAAGCAUGGUUGGUAAUAGAUCCUAAUUAGACAAUUGGCAAAAAUUGAAACAAGCUCUUUUGCAGUGCUUUUCUGAUCGAAGGAAUUUUGAUUGCUUAGUUCACGAAUUAACAAGAGCCAGGCCCUAUAGAAGCGAAAAUUUCAUUUAGUGGCGUCCUUUGUUCACUGCUUUUUAAUCUUAUUUAAUUUGAAUCUUAUUGACAUGAGAUCUUUGUUUUGAGCGUGUUUUUCUGAUCGUUUUUAUUUUAUGUAAUUUUAAAAUUUUUUGAGAUGGGACUUAUCAUGAUUGACUUGUGUUUAAACCAAUGUUAAUUUAAUAGUCUGAUGGUCGUGACUUAUUUUUAAUCUGUUGUGAAGUCGAGUUUUAAUUUUCUUUUUUAAUUUUGUAUCGUACAACAAUGUCACACACUAAGUGUUAAAACUUCACCAGGCUCUGGGCUAAAACCACUCUGUUUUCCAUUUUAGGGCCCUGAGGGUGACUUGAAUAAAGUCGAAACGUUGGCCCAU